UAUAUAAAACACUCUAAACAUGCCAUUGCCGUUUCAGUCUUUUGACAACAUUCAAUGUGCUUGGGCGCUGAGACAAGGAUUUUUUUUAUUUUGAAUUCAAUUCCGUAAAACAAUCAUUUCGACUGAAAAAUGACCCAAUUACCGUACAAAGUUGCUGAUAUCUCGUUGGCCGAAUGGGGACGUAAGGAGAUCGUUUUGGCGGAAAAUGAGAUGCCUGGUUUGAUGGCAUGCCGCAAGAAGUACGGUACAUCGAAGCCGUUGAAAGGUGCUCGUAUUGCCGGUUGUUUGCAUAUGACCAUUCAAACCGCUGUUUUGAUCGAGACAUUGACCGAAUUGGGGGCUGAAGUUCAGUGGUCAUCUUGUAACAUUUUCAGUACACAAGAUCAUGCAGCAGCUGCUAUUGCUGCUACUGGCGUCCGUGUGUUUGCCUGGAAAGGUGAAACCGACGAAGAAUACCUUUGGUGUAUUGACCAGACGCUUCUCUUCCCAGACGGACAACCAUUGAACAUGAUUCUAGAUGAUGGUGGUGAUCUCACUAACUUGGUCCAUGAAAAAUAC